ACUAAAAUGUACUCAUUCUAUCGAGCAUGGUUAUCACUAGGACCAUGCGGUGGUAUACCCUCUUUCCAUCCUUCAACAUUACCAUCGUCACCACUGAAUUUAUCAUCUACAGCGACAUCUCUGCCCGGUGUUCCCGAUGUAGUGUUACAAGUAGGACCGGGAUUAACACAAUUUUCAGCCCACAAAGCCGUUUUAGUGACGCACAGUGGAUUUUUCAAAGCGGCCAUAGCUAACCAACAAGGUUCUACUCCCAUUACAGUCCCGAAUAUAAACGUAGACGAAUUCUCUUCCCUAUUAACCUUCAUGUAUACCGGAUACCUGGAUCUCAAUAUAACAAACAUCUACAACAUUCUUCUAGCAACACACAUUCUUCAUAUGCCCAGAGCGUUAGAAAUAUGCAGAUCUUUUUUACUUCAAACGCAACCUCCGGAAAUAAGAACCAAUAUUAUCAAACCGAUACCGAGUAGAAAAACGGCAUUACCGACGCAAGAAAUCUACCCUCCUACAUACGGUUGUUUAAAGAAAUCAGAAGACACUCCUUUCAAGGCUGUCAAUUCUAAAGACCACAUAUCGAUUAUACAGCAAAGACCGUCGACUUCGAAAAAUGAAGAUACAGAAAUUAACGUGGUAGUCCAACAAACUGCCACUCAAAAGAAGCUACCUCUAGACAAACAAAAGCAAAAGAAACGACAAUCCAACUCUAACGAAAAAGUUAUUAUCGACAUCGCUUGCUGUGAUGGACCUGUAAAAUUCCACAGGGUAGUAAAUAAAAAUUACGGCCUCAUUCCGACCGUAGAAGUGUACCAAAGACAAGAAAUUAAUCAAAACGACGUACUGAAUAAAGUAAUGAACGAAAAUAUCAGAGAUAGAUUAGACGACGAAUCAGAAAAUCAAAGUAACGAAGUAUUCACUUGUAUCUAUUGUAAUCAUACUUUUAAAUCUCAAUAUUGCUACCAAAAGCACGCUAGAAGACAUUUGAAUCCGAUUAGUAUAGAACCGAAACAAACUCCGAAGGAGGUUAAGAGAGAAGUGAAAUUAUUGGACAUGAAUGUACAGUAUUAUCCUUGCAAAACGUGCGGAAGCAAAUUUCCGAGUUACUAUUUCGUUCACAAACACAGAAAAUUAUGCCACGCCGAAGAAAUGGCCGACAACGCCAAUAAAAAUAACGAAAUGGUACCCGAAAAUGUGGAAAACACCGACAGCAGUUGCAGUGCAAUCGACGUAGAAGCUGUCAACUCUGAUAAAUAA